AGGGCAGCACAUUUCACACGGAGAGCGAUUCAAUUCGAAGGGGGCGGAGAGAAAGAGGGGGAAGGGCGACGCCGGAGGGACAUCGCUGGGGCCUGGCGGAGGAGGAGGAGGAAGAGAAGAUGGCUUGGUGGAACAAGAAGGUGGUGUUCCCGGUGAAGCGCGCGUGGGUUGCCGUCGCCGCGAGGGUCAAGGCCCGGAAGUCAGGCGAUGGAAUCCUAAAGUUGCACGACGAUGUUCGAAUGUGCGGUUACCAAGACGUGCAAGUGAUGUGGGAGAUGUUGCGAUCGGAAUUGGAGGUCUCGCCCGCACCUAAACAUCGGAAGCCAUACGGUUGGAGACCGUCGAUCUUCUUGCGAUCGAAUAGAUGCCAUCGUCGCGAUUAGUUAACUCAGGCUCGAUAUCGGAUUCCGUCGAACGAACCAAGAACCCUAAGCCCGAUCGUAGUUAGCAUCCAACAUGCAUAGGUUAAAAUGUACAUAGCAAAUAGAUCGAAAAUUUCUCUCCCGAAACUGAAAGGCAAACUACAUUGUCGAGGCCAUAAGGCCGGUUUCCUUCAUCCCUUCUUCAAGGGAUUCUCGGUUGAAGUCGUUGGAUCGGAUGAUUCAGUUGCACAUGAAUGCGAGUGGCAUCCUUAAAAUUUAUCUAUUUCAAAUUUCUAAGAGGCCCAUUUAGAAACGAA